UCUCACUUGGUUUUCGAAAAGAUAGAGGUCAAAGUUACUUUUUUCAGUUGAAUGUGCACUUCUAAUUGCUCAGUUUCAGUUAGCUGUUAAGAUUCUUCCAAAAGUUUCCAUUUUCUAUUAUUUGGGCCAUAUAUGUUUCCUAAUAAUUUUUUAACCAUCUCUGCAUUCCCAUCUAUAUAAACAACUCAAUUCCUUGACUUCUUUAUCACAUUCUUUCUUUGCCUUCAAUCCAGUUUAGGUUUCUUCACUCAAAAGUGUUUCUUUUCUUUUCUUUUCUUUUCUUUAUUGCCAGGAAAUGGAUUUGAUUGCAUACACCAUUCUGGCUUUUCUCACAAUUUUAAGGACAGUUAAGGGUUAUGGAACUGGAUGGACUAAUGCUCAUGCUACUUUCUAUGGAGGAGGUGAUGCAUCAGGGACAAUGGGUGGGGCUUGUGGGUAUGGGAAUCUGUACAGUCAGGGUUAUGGAACAAACACGGCUGCAUUAAGUACUGCUCUUUUCAACAGUGGGUCGAGCUGUGGAGCUUGCUUUGAGAUUAAAUGUGUGAAUGACAAAAGAUGGUGCUUACCUGGGUCUAUUAUGGUCUCUGCUACUAAUUUUUGCCCACCAAAUUUUGCUCUUCCUAACAAUAAUGGAGGGUGGUGUAACCCUCCCUUGCAGCAUUUUGAUCUUUCUCAGCCUGUUUUCCAACGCAUUGCUCAGUACAGAGCUGGAAUAGUUCCUGUUCAAUAUAGAAGGGUACCUUGCAGGAAGACAGGUGGAAUCAGAUUCACGAUAAAUGGGCACUCCUACUUUAAUCUUGUGUUGAUAACGAAUGUGGGUGGAGCUGGUAAUGUAGUUGCUGUGUCUAUAAAAGGCUCUAAAACAAAUUGGCAGGCCAUGUCCAGAAACUGGGGUCAGAACUGGCAGAGCAACUCUUACUUAAAUGGUCAAUCCCUCUCCUUUAAGGUCACUACAAGUGAUGGCCAUACUGUGGUCUCCAACAAUGUGGCUCCUUCUAAUUGGGCUUUUGGCCAAACCUACAAUGGAGGGCAGUUCUAAUUUUCUCUAACCAAAAUCACCCUUUUUAACACAAAUUUCCUCUACUUUUUCUAUAUUAACUAGUACAUAUUAUAUAUAUAGAGAGAGAGAUAUGGGGCUGUGUUUUUCUCUUUUUCUAAAAUGGCCUCCAUGUCUGACUUACAACAAGUUCAGUGUAGAGAGCUUCUGCUAAAAAUGGUAGAAAAGCUCUAGUGAGUUUAGGUUAGGGGGUCUUCACCUUUUUUCCCUUGUUUAUUGGAUCCCUAAAAACAGCUGGGUUUUGCUUAAUUAGUAUGCCUAAUGUCUUGUUUAACACUUAUAGGUCUCAAAGUGCAAUUAUGUUUUUCCUUUUGCAAUGGCAGAAUUGAGUCGAGUAUAACAAGUUGUUUGUAAACUUUGUAUACGGCUUUUAAGUUUGUAUUAUGUACUACAAUAUAUUAAAUAAUAAAAAUAAAUAUUCCAUAUCA